AUGGAGUCAACAAGCGAGGAAGAAGCAUUCUUCCGGGUGAUUUCCGAAAACAUGAAGUUUGCGUUCACCAGCCCCAUGCCUACGACCACACAAUUCCCAACCCCGUACUCACAGCAGCAAGAACAACAACAGCAGCAGCAGCAUCAGCAAGCCCAUCAGCACCAUCAUCACCAGCAACAACAGCAGCAACAGCAACAACAACCUACACAUGGUAAUGGUAAUGGUCCCGAUGGCUCGGAUGACAAAGAAGUAACAGCGCAAGACGACAACCAUUCUAUGAUGGAGAACAGCAUGCUGGCCGCUGGGCAAGGUGCUGCAAAGCUCAGCGACGUCAAUGUCCAACCAUCGUCGGCUCUGCAAUUGGGCAACGAAUUCAUGCUCACGUCUCCGGAAAACUUCAAAGAAUUCCUCUUCGAAUCGCCGGCGGGGUUCAAUUUGUGGCACCGUACGCCAGCAAAGACCCCAUUAAGGUUUUUCAACGGUUCUGGCGGAACUUCUACUGUCGACAAGCCUGAGCAGACCAGUAGCGCACACAAUAUACAAAAUACAGCUACGCCGCUGAGAAGCAUAGAUGUAAAUCUCAUGUUCAACUCCAAAGAUAAGCUGGCGCCAACGUCAUCGUCUUCUCCAUCCAAAAGAUACCUAUCAUUGACGCCUUAUGGCAAACGAAUACUCUCAGACAUGGGGACACCUUAUGCUAAGCUGCUUGCCUCCUCCAAUAGUGCACUUGUGGAUUUUCAGAAGGCACGUAAAGACGUAGCAAAGACGACAUCCAAGAUUCGUAAUAACAAAUCUCUAUCGCAAAAAAAGCUCGGCAAAUCCGUUCAACUCCUUCCUAGAAGCGACACAUCAUCAUACGGCGAUCGUUCGAACUGCACAGAGAGACACGAAUCAGUCCAUCGUCUCAGCCGGCGUAACUUGGCUGUCUCCGAGGCCGAAAACGGUGACGAGGCUGCAGAUGAUCACGAUCACGACCUUCAAGGCGCACGUGAUUGCGGGUCUUCUCCCACUACAAUCCAGCUGAAUUCUUCUGUUACAAAAUCAACCCGAAAUAAGCUUGGUUUCGUUGGGGAUCAACCGGCUAUGCCAUUCCAUGAUAAUGGAUCGAGCGAAGACGAACAGAACAAUAUUGAUGACCGAUUAUUUGACAUGGAAAAGCUACCCCUGUCACCAACGCCAAAGCCCAUGAGCUGCAAUGAAAUGGACGUUACACAAAUAAGGAUCCCAGAACUGCCGAAAAUGGGCUCUUUCAAGAGCGAGACCCGUUCGAAUUCAAUGCCUAAUACCGCCAAGAAAGUAACGCGGAAGCAGCCCAAAUUUCAGAUUAUUGUAACGAACGCAAACUCUUUCAACUCAACUAGGGGAACUGUAAUGGGGGGCGAGCCUGGUAGCAAAAGACGUAAACCAGGGCUGAAACGCUCACAGUCCGAAAUUGUGCCUGUGAGUAGUUCGUCUAAAGAUGGCAGUAAUCCUAAUAAAGGCAAGAACAAAAAACAGCGAACGUCGCAGAUCACCAACUUUGCGAUCAGUUAUAAAGAUGGAUACCCAAGCUCACAGUGA